AGAAGCAGAGCAGCAGCAACAUCGAUCGGAGGAAGCUGCAGCACAGAGCAAACAACGAAAAGCGAAGUCUUCAAUAGCAACGCACUGGUACCUUGGUAGUAGCUAGCACGAGCAGUAGCGGUGAGCUUGCUAUUCAAAAAAUCUCACUUAUUAGUGAAGUGUUCGCAAGCUUAAGAAGUCAUCCGUCAUCCUAGUCUGGAAGAAAUCAUUCCAAGCUUGGGCCUCCGCCUCGGCAGGUAAUCACAAAAAAUUCCUUGAGCCAGAAACUUCUUUAGAUCUAAUUUAUCCUGGUUGACUACGCUCUGUCACCUUUGGGAGGUGGUUUCUGUGUUUCUUUUGCUAAUCAAACAUGCAACCAGACGAAGUAGUAGGCCUAUGAUUUGACAACUCAUAUAUUAUGUCAAGCAAACAACUUUUCCUGUGGCAAAAACAGAAGGGUCGCAAAAAAUGUGCUUGCUCUUGUUUCAGGCCUACCGUGGCACGUAAUUGCAAAUGGAACGCCAAUCUACUAUCACACCAUGGGACCUGGAGUGCAUGCUAUAUGACGAAAUGGCGAAGCCCAAGGCCCUGCCACUGUCACUUCUGAAAGAAAUCACAAAUGGUUUCUCUCCUGAGAAGCAAAUUGGCUACGGUGGGUUUGCAGUGGUUUACAAGGGAAUUCUUGAGAAUAGGACCAUCGCGGUGAAAAGGAUGUCCAAUACAUACAAGUAUGAGAAGGAGUUCCUCCGAGAAGUCGAAUGUCUCAUGAGGGUGAAGCACCAAAAUGUUGUACGGUUUCUGGGAUAUUGUUCUGAUACACAAGGGAGUAUGGAAACUUAUGAUGGAAAAUUGGUUAUGGCAGAUGUACAACAAAGGUUGCUAUGCUUCGAGUAUCUUCCUAGAGGGAGUCUUCGUCAGUAUAUCACAGAUACAUCUUGUGGACUUCAAUGGAGAGAUCGUUAUCAAAUUAUAACAGGAAUUUGCCAUGUGUUAAAUUAUCUUCAUCGGAAUAAUAUUAUCCACUUAGAUCUAAAGCCUGAGAAUAUAUUGUUGGAUCAUAAUUUGCUACCAAAAAUUACUGAUUUCAGCCUAUCAAGGUAUUUUGGUGCAAUGCAAAGCCGGGCUACUACCGUUCAAAUAGGUGGAACGUUGUAAGUCUGCUAAGCCUCUAGAAAGUUCAAUCUUUUAUCCUUUAUCCUUUAGACCAACACUG